CUUUCCUGAUUUCCUCACUCCAUCUCUGUUCCUGUCGAGAAGCUAGAGACGGUGUGUGUUCACCAUCUUGCGAACGUUCGUGUUUGCGUCCUUUCUUUGAUCCUAGAUCACAUCUACACUCUUUCCACGGCCUCGGCCACCUUACGAUCGUUGCGAAUUACGUACAAAAACACUUAAUUCUCUAAUUCUACCACUACAAACAUGCUCUUCAGCAAGUCAUUCAUUGCCGCCGCCGCGGCCAUCAGCCCGGCCCUGGCUCAUUCUUCCUCACGGACAACCACAAGUGCCUCGCCACUUCUUGGACUCAACCUGUACUGGGGACAGUACGGCCAGCCUACCGACCGCCUCUCAACCUACUGUGACGCUCCCGGCGUCACCUCCGUCUCUCUGUCCUUCGUCACAUACUCCCCCAAGAACAGCGCUGGAUACCCCGGUACCAACUUCGCCGGCCACUGCGGCGGCGAAGUCUAUCACAAGAACCCCAAGACUGGCGAAGACACCAAGUUGAUCAUGAACUGUGACUACGUCAAGAAGGAUAUUCAGUACUGCCAAGCCAAGGGCAUCAAGAUUCUCCUGGCUAUUGGUGGCUACUGCCCUACCGGAGGCCCCUGCAGCUACGACAUUGACAGUGAGCAGGACGGUCAUGAGUUCGGUGAUUUGUUGCACAAGACUUUUGGUCCUUACGAUCAGGGCUGGAACGGACCUCGUCCUUUUGAUAUCAGCGAGACCGAGCACGUUGCUGUCGACGGUUUCGACUUUGACCUGGAGUUCAAGUAUCCCGACCAAAAGCCCUGGAUCAAGAUGGUUGAGAAGCUCCGCAGCUGUGGAAUCUACCACAUUUCUGCCGCUCCUCAGUGCCCGACGUCAGACACCUGGUUCCAGCUCAAGGAGCUCAUCUACAACGCCCAGUUCGAUUCCCUCUUCAUCCAGUUCUACAACAACCCGGGCUGCCAAGUCACCGACACCCCCAACUACGACGACUGGGAGACGGUCAUUUCUCAGACCUCCAAGAGCAAGGAUGCGAAGCUCUACAUUGGCGUCCUCGCCAGCGUCGAGUCCGGAUGGAACGGUUAUGCUCCUCCUUCCACCAUCAAGGAUUUGAUCUGCAAGUACCAGAGCAAGCCGCACUUUGGAGGUGUUUCUAUCUGGGAUGCUACCCGUGGCGCCAUCAACCAGAUCAACGGCCAGUCGUUCCACGAGGCCAUUGCUGAUGCUAUCAAGUACGGUUGCAACCCCAUCCCUGCCAAGACCUCCAUCAUCAGCAUCUCGACUUCGACUUCGUCCUUGGUGUCUUCCACCAGCACCUCUUCUGCCAUCGUUUCCACCACUUCGACAAGCUCCAGCUCCAGCUCCAGCUCCAGCUCCGCGUCCUCAAGCUCCAGCCAGUCCGCCUCGGCAUCCGUUUCUGCUUCUGCCUCAUCCUCUGCUUCCGCGUCGGCCACUGUCUCAGCAUCAGCGUCUGCCUCUGCCUCCGGCUCUGCUUCCGGCUCCGCUCCUGGCUCAGCGUCUGGCUCAGCGUCUGGCUCAGUAUCAGCGUCUGCCUCGGUCUCGGCCUCAGCUUCUCUCACCUUCUUUGGCAACUCUUCGGCGUCCGCCACCGGAUCUGCUUCGUCUCGCAUCAUCACAUCCUUGAGCGCCAACGCCACUGCCACUGCUAGCGCUUCGGCGACCAAGUCUGCUACUGUCUCCGACACUUGCGACGAGGACGACGAGGACUUCCCCACCACCACGAUGGGCAACUCCCAUACUGCCACUGCCACUGCCACUGGCUCAGCAAAUGCAACCAAGACUGCCUCGGGAAGCAUCACCGACAAGGCCACUGGCCCUGCCACUGGUUCUGCUACCGGGCCCGCCCAGAACUCCUUGACGGUUUCCAUCUCAGACAAGCCCAGCGGCAGCAAAUCAGCUAUCGAGUCCGCCAAGAACACACUCAGUGCCCCCGAGCAGCUGACCACGAGCACGGUUUUCACCACCAAGAUCACCACCGUCACUUCUUGCAAGCCCGAUGUGCCCUGCACUAAGGGCGCGGUUGUGACCGAGACCAUCCCGUGGUAUACCACUGUCUGCCCCGUCACGGCAACGGCGGACGACGUUGCCGUACCCACGAUCAGCCCUCCCCCUCAAUGGGUCACCAGCACAGUCUACACUACCAAUACCUACACCAUCACAUCCUGCGCUCCUGAUGUGCCCAACUGCCCUGUCGGCCAAGUCACGACUAAGGUCGUCCCUGCCUACACCACCGUCUGCCCGUACACUGAGACGACUCCCGGUAGCACUAAGCCUUCAGGCGACGUUCCCAACCCUCCCAAGCCUUCCGGCGACGUUCCUCAGCCUCCUAAGCCUACCGGCGAUGUUCCCAAGCCUACUGGCGGUCAAGGAGGAAACAAGCCCUCUGGCGAUAUUCCCCAGCCUCCCAAGCCUACUGGGGAUGCUCCCAAGCCCUCCGGUAGCCAAGGAGAGAGCAAGCCCUCGGGCGACGUGCCUCAGCCUCCUAGGCCUACGGGUAGCCAGGGUGGCAGCAAGCCUUCUGGCGACAUUGUUCCCCCCAAGCCUACCGCAACCCCCGUUGUCCCUGGCAAGGAGGACGAUUCGACGACUUUCAUCUACAAGACCCUGACGGUCCCUGUCACGAUUGGCAAAUACAACUCCACACUCGCGGGUACCGGCUCCAACUACAAGCCCACCUCCACGGGCGGGUUCCCCAGCUACACAACGGCUGCUGCCGUCCCCAGCAAGCCUGUACAGGCUGGGGCUGCCAAGAUUGGGGCUUUCGGAGUCGGUGGCUUCGCCGCCCUUGCCGUUGCUCUUCUUCUAUGAAGUGUGUGAGAG